GUAACGUCUAUAGGCGCUCCAGCUGCCAUUGGACCCUACUCCCAGGCCAUCAAGGCCGGCGACCUCGUCUUCGUCUCGGGCUGCAUCCCGCUCGACCCGGGCACCGCGCAGAUCGUCGAGGGUGGCAUCGAGGCGCAGACGACCCAGGCGCUCAAGAACCUCAAGGCCGUCGUCGAGGCCAGCGGGAGCGAGCUCGGGAAGGUUGUUAAGACUACGGUGUUCUUGAAGGACAUGAACGACUUUGUUGUUGUUAAUGGGCUGUAUGAGAAGUUCUUUGGGAACCAUAAGCCUGCGCGGUCCGCUGUUGAGGUUGCGAGGCUGCCCAAGGAUGUGCUGUUCGAGAUUGAGUGUAUUGCCAAGUGA